AUGGCCACCGCCCUGAGCAGCAGCCUCCGCGCGCCGGCCUUUCCUCGGCCUCGCCGCCGCCCCGGUGGCCACCGUCGUGGCGCUGCCCGCGCCACCUACAACGUGAAGCUCAUCACGCCGGACGGGGAGGUGGAGCUGCAGGUGCCCGACGACGUGUACAUCCUGGACCAGGCCGAGGAGGAAGGGAUCGACCUGCCCUUCUCCUGCCGCGCCGGCUCCUGUUCGUCCUGCGCCGGCAAAGUCGUCUCCGGCACCGUCGACCAGUCCGACCAGAGCUUCCUCGACGACUCCCAGAUCGAAGGCGGGUGGGUGCUCACCUGCGCCGCCUACCCCACCUCCGACGUCGUCAUCGAGACGCACAAGGAGGACGACCUCGUCGGCUAA